GAGUAUGGAUGUGGUAUUUAGAGAGCAAGAACCGUUCUAUGGAGAAUCAACUGACUUAACAGAUGUAUUUCCUGAUUUGGUUACUAAUGAUAUCUCAGAUGCAGAUUGUGAGAUAGGGGGAGAUAAAGACGAAGAAAACAAUGACACAACACUGAGGAAGGUGAUAAUUGGAGCAAUACCGGUUGGAGAUGAGAUUGAACAGGGGCAAAUACAACGGGAGGAACAGGAUAUACAAAACGAGGCACCACAGUGGCCAAGACCAAAUGAGCAACGAGAGAUCCAGGUGUAUAAGAGAAGACACAUAAUUGAGGAGCAACAUGUGCAGGGGGAGGAAACCACUUCAUCGGGACAUGAUUCUGAAGCCCAAGAAGAAUCUGAGAUGGACUCAACCUCAACAUUGGAUGCUGCUCAACCUAUUCCACAUAAUUGGCAAGAAGCAAAAAUGCAUCCACAUUGGAGGGAAGCGAUGCUUGAGGAGAUGGCUGCACUCGACAAGAACAAUACAUGGGUGAUAAUGAGAAGGAGAUACAACGUCUGAAGAAAAUGCUGGCAAAAUCAUUUGAGGUGAAAGACUUGGGUUAUCUACACUACUUCUUGGGCAUUGAGGUUGCUUAUGGACUGCAAGGUAUUUAUCUUUGCC